GGUACUUUUGUCCCGUUGUAUUUUUCCAUACUUGUCUUGUAGGGAGUGGUAAACAGGCGAAUGUUGUCAUUCGCAGAUCGACGUCAUGGGUGGGACCAGCUGCCGUCUCGCACCCCUUCGGCAGCAACUUGAAGCAACAACUUGUUGCACUCGUGACGUCCAAGAGACAAGCAACAAAAACCUGGCAUCAAUCCGCUUCGAACUGCCACUAUGUGUAUUCUUACUACAACAACUACUAUCAUACACGUGUCUGCAUCCCCUUCCGGUCGCCAAGACGAUACAGGCCCGCUCCGCUACAAGCGGUCAAAGACCGGUUUCUAACGCGUUUUGCCAGCGUCGUCUUGACACCGAGACUUCCAUGCCUGCCCUUGUCCCGGCUGGCCACGUCCAAGCUGGAGGAUUGGCCCGUUGAUGGGUCUUUAUCGAGGAGCUGCCCGUCAGUUCGUGAUGGAACUGGGCUUGUCGAGUGCGUCAUCAUUGUACAAUACACAAGUACCGAUGAGGAAUGGCUGCACAUGCUUGUGGUCGAAGUCAUCAUGUCGCGGGCCGCUUUCUGACGAUGCUCUUGCUCUCCGGUCCUUGAUUUUUCCCAAUUCGGCUCUGCACCAAGUUGUUCUCGGAAUGUCACCUCGGCCCACUCCGCCUCCCUUCAAGGAGAUCAAGGUAUCUUCUGAGAGAGGGGCCCGACGGAUCAAUAUCGAGGUAAUAUCUGCACAUGCCCGUCGACCUCGCCACUUGAGCGGUCGUGCGGUUCAGGUUGACGUUGACGUUGAGACGAGCGGUGUCCGCGUGGCUGACUCGAGCUGCCGAGGCGGGCGUGCUCCGUGCCGGUGUCAACGAUGCGGCAUACCGGUUCCACUUACACAUCAAGGACGCCCCCGCCUCCGCGAUCUUCCCCAGCAACAACGGCCGUUAAGAAGUACCGGAGCCGAAAAGUGGCUGCGGCCGAUCGGCGUGUUCCAGAAAGGUGUUCGCACCGGGCCAGUGCUUGUUCGAGGAGGGUUGCCCCGUAGAGGCAAUGAUCCGAGCCUGUUGUUGCAACGCACGCACUGAUGCACGAACUUUGAAACCGCGGACUCUGGACAUCCCUGUACGCGGUCGUCACUUGGUUUGUUUCGCCGCGAUGUAUGUACUUGUAUGUAUUGUACGUACACACUGAACCCACCUACAUGUAUGUAGAUACAGCAUGUUC